GAGGAGCCUCCUGAAGCCUUCCUCAGCUUGGAUUUCUCUCUCCUGUUAUGCAUGAGCCUUGUCCCUUGCACGUCGUGUCUUCCGCUAGCUAAACAUAGAAUGGUAACCGUCACCAUUUAGUUCCAAUAACUUUAUAUCCAUCUCUCUGUAUCAGCAGAAACCAGAAGAAGCAGCAGCAUGGGGGCCGUUGAGGAGAAACAGGAAAAAUGUGGGACUGUCUGCCUGAAAUACCUGCUGUUUACUUUCAACUUUCUUUUUUGGCUGGCAGGAGGAGUUGUGAUGGCAGUGGGUGUUUGGACCCUGGUGGAAAAGAGCGACUACAUAAGCCUUCUCCCUUCCAAGACCUACGCUGCCUCUGCCUACAUACUGGUCCUAGCUGGAGCCAUCGUCAUGGUAACAGGUGUUCUGGGAUGCUGCGCCACUUUCAAGGAGCAGAAGAAGCUGCUGUUAGUGUACUUUGUUCUGCUUCUGUGUAUCUUCCUGUUGGAGAUCGUGGCUGGUGUCUUGGCGUACAUCAACUAUCAGCAGCUAAAUGAUGAGCUAAAGCAGAACCUGAAGGCCACUAUGACCAACAAGUACAGACUGGGCAAGGACAAUGAGCACAUCACUCAAGCUGUGGACAAGCUGCAGGAAGAGUUCAAGUGCUGCGGGAGCCACAACUCAACUGACUGGGAGGAGAACGGAUGGAUCCGCAGCUCAGCCUCUGAGGGCCGGAAGGUUCCUGACAGCUGCUGUAAAACUCAAAUUCCAUUUUGCGGGACAAGGGAUCACCCCUCCAACAUCUACAAGGCGGAGGGUGGUUGCAUCAGCAAACUGGAGAGAUUCAUUCUGGACCAUCUACAGAUUAUUGGAGCUGUGGGUGUUGGGAUUGCUUGUGUACAGCUCAUUGGAAUGGUGUUUACUUGCUGCCUAUACCGAAGCCUUACAGAGUCGUACUACUGAGAAUCUCAAAUGGUUGGGAAAAAAAACAAACCUUUUUUUUUAUACAAUUAGGCACUCAGAUUGCAAUCUCAGCCUCAUCUUGAAGAUCCCAGCAUGGAGAGAAAGAGUUUUUGAAAGGAACCAAGGGGAAUUUUAUCACAGGUGGUUUAAAUUAGUUGGAAAUGGCCAAAUGAUGAUUUUCUGUUUUCUGCCACACUGAUUCCCAUAAUCUACUUUUAAUACACACAGGACGGUUUGUCCAUGGCAGAGUGGCGUAAAUAUCUGUAGAU